GUGACGACAGACAUCGAGCCCAACUAGCUCGUCUCCGAGGCCAUCGAGCCUCGUAGCCCACCGAGCUGGAUAAGUUCAAGGCUCAAAGAUGGUCGCCGUUGAGAAUAGCGGAGGAAUUUGACCGCUGGGCGUAGUGAUGAGCGGGUCGCAAACGCCUCGUAAUAUUCCUCUGCGGGAAGUUUUCACGUGAUUCAUAAAAGUACGGAAGUAUAUUUGAAAAUGUUAAAGACCGAGUGUGAUAUUUGUGCUUGUAUUUCGAAUUUAUUGAUUCCCGACUCACUGCCGUAACCGUUAUGAGAUAUACACGGUUUAACGGAGUCAUGCGGGCGUCAGACGUCGGAGUUAAACGUCCGAAGAGAAUUUAAAUAUUCUGGAUCGAUCUUUCUGCGAUAGGGUUUAAUCGACGCAAUUAUUUUCCUUUCGCUCGACUCGUAUAUAGGAAGGGAAAUAUUUCGAAAGUCACUGAGAUGGGGUUUUGGUCCCGCAGGAGGUUCCGCAUAACUCCUUUACGGGCACUCGUCGCACUUUUUUUGGUCAGCGUUCUGUUCUGGUUGACUCUUGACGGGCAAAUGGAACGGCGAGAAUCAUGCGCGGUGCCGGAAGAGUUCACCGAAAAAUUACAUGACCUCUCAAACAGGGUGCAUUUAGUGUUAGCGAAACUUGGGAUCGUUCACUUUCUAUGCUUCGGUGGGCUCUGGGGACAGGCUCGUAUAGGACGAGCUUUGCCUUGGGUUCGUAAAGUUGAAUUUUGCCUGGUCGACAACUUGAGAGACGACGCUCUUAUUUCAAAGGCAUUUCGACAGGCUGGACUCGCCGCAACUUACAUGCACGCCGCCGGUAUCUAUCGAGUUCAGGAACAAGAAGUCGGCGAGGAUGCACCGAAAGUUGAAAUAGUCGUUUUUGAGGAGGACCUCACGACUCAGAUGGUCAGACGAGUCGGAUGGACUCGUCGAGUGCUUCCACCCGAUUGCGAACUUUCGCCAAGUUUGCAAUGUUUUCCACCUCAGCUCGCGAUAUCCCCUUUGCCGAUGAAGAAAUUCGGUAGUCACAGUUUGCCGGUACCGAGGGAAGGUAUCGAACUCCAGAAGUAUCACUACCCCGACAAUUGGUGGCUGGAAAUUAAACCGACAAAUUGCAUCGAGCAAGGGAAACCCGGAAAAUCCUGAUAACAAAAAAUGUACGUAGAUGAAAUUUCAGCUCGUGGUUAUCGAGUGUAAAUAUUUUACCCAUGACGAAGACGUUGUACAGAAGAAAAAUAUAUUUGUCUCACGAUACCGCUGUGAAACGAGGGCCAAAACAGAUUUUUAAAUAAUCGACUCUGUUGAGAGUAGCUCGGCUUGUACUUGAAAUUUUGUACAGAAAAAUCUACUUCGUUUCGCAAACGCGAUUCGAUCGAACCAUUUAAUACGUAUGUACGUUCAGUAUUCGGAUUUUAUGUAUUUCUUUUUUUUUCCAACAGUAGUCUGAAAAAAUUGCUCUCAAUUUUUGAAUAACAACUUUGUGGAGCAGUAAUUUGUACCUCAAUAAAAACAAAUAUAAUAUUGCAUAUA